GUCACUGGUAUAGUUCGCUGACAGAGAACUUUGCAUUUUUGUUGGGGGCAGUGGUCAUUUAGUCAUGUCUGGUCGUGGUAAAGGUGGUAAGGGACUUGGAAAGGGAGGCGCUAAACGCCAUCGGAAGGUGCUUCGGGAUAACAUCCAAGGUAUUACGAAGCCGGCUAUUCGUCGUUUGGCUCGCCGUGGCGGUGUCAAGCGUAUUUCUGGGUUGAUUUAUGAAGAGACCCGUGGCGUGUUGAAGGUGUUCUUGGAGAACGUGAUCCGUGAUGCUGUUACUUACACUGAGCAUGCUAAGCGUAAGACGGUUACAGCCAUGGACGUGGUAUAUGCUCUGAAACGCCAGGGCCGCACUCUGUACGGAUUUGGUGGUUAGAGUCUUUCUUCUCUCCAUAUAUAAUUAACAACGGCUCUUUUCAGAGCCACCCA